GUAAAGGUGAAGCACGCGGAGCGUCAGUACAUCGUUGUCCGUCACGUCGAUCGGGUCUCAACUUUGAAUCGCCCUCUGCUCCUGCGAGAGUCGUAAACGAAUCUUUAAUUCGAGCCAAUCGACAACGAAAAUCAUCGUUAUCCUACUCACGAGGACAUCUUUACGCUCAUCUACGAAGGUAACAGAAUGAUCAUCCCUUCGACGUUUUUGUUAAUGGUAUCCGUCACAUUCGCGAUCGCCGAAGAGUCCAUGUCAGAAAAUGUUCUCUCCGACAAACGUGCCGUUAUGGGAUUUCAAGGAAUGCGUGGGAAAAAGAAUUUUGACUCUUUGGAUUCGGAGGACUUUGGAAUUUUGAAACGUGCGAUCAUGGGCUUCCAGGGAAUGCGUGGAAAGAAAAACUCGAUAAUCGCUGACGUUGAAAAUCAACUUUUCCCCGAGGAGACUAAUAAGCGUGCGCCGAUGGGUUUUCAAGGCAUGAGAGGCAAGAAAGCUUCGUUAGAUGACGAAUAUUACAAACGUGCACCGAUGGGAUUUCAGGGAAUGAGAGGCAAGAAAUCUCUCGAGGAGAUCUUAGAUGAAAUUAAAAAGACUACCACGAGAUUCCAAGAUCCAAGAAGCAAAGACAUGUACGUGAUUGAUUAUCCAGAAGAUUAUGAAAAGAGAAUAUUGUCGAUGGAAGGAUAUCCAAAUAUUUUCGAUAAGGAAGGCGAAUUCUUGUGGGAGAAGAGAGCUCCAAUGGGAUUCCACGGGAUGAGAGGCAAAAAAUUAAUUCUUGACCCGUGGCAAGAUCUUGAUAAACAAGACGUUAUGAGCUUCCAAGGGCUGCAACGUAGGAAGGAUACGUUCGAUGAUUAUUUAGAUUAUUCGAUGAAUCCGUCAGAUUACGAGAAAAGGGUUGCGGAUUUUCAAGAUAUAGAAAGCGGUAGCGAUUCGUUUAAAAGAGCUCGCAUGGGUUUUCAUGGGAUGAGAGGUAAAAGGAACGUUGGGGAGAUUUACGGAUCUAAUUCGAGCCCUACGCAAACGACGAUCGGUUAUCAAGGCGUAAGCAACCCUGGAAACAAUCUCGCCGUGUACGAAAUUGAAAAGCGAUCACCCUUCAGAUAUCUUGGAGUCAGAGGAAAGAAGAAUCCACGAUUGGAAUUCCGAGGAAAAUUCGUAGGGGUGAGAGGCAAGAAAGCGUCGUCUUUGCAAUCUGUCUAUUAAUGUAUUUCAGUAAAGAAACAUCGAAAGGAGUAUGAAUGAAGAUUCGUGAAUGUUAUUAGGCAAUUAGCAGUAAUAGCACUGGUUUUGUUGGUGGCAACAAUGGCAAC